UUUGUAGAUGAAGUCUAGAGAUAGUUAUGAAAGAGCCAAAGUAGAAGAAGGCAACCACGUAGAGGAGUUUUCAGUGGAAUUAGAAGACGUCUUCUUUGACUCUCUUUCAGACCACUUUGAAGAAAGAGGCAUUGACUGGCCAGAAUAUGAAGAAAAUAGCUCUUAUUCUAGUUUUAAAACUGACGUAGAUUGUGAAAAUGGGAACAAGUUUAAGAAACGGGGAAAGAGAAAGAAGAAACAAAAGUCUGAAGCCCAACGGACGGAACUCUCUUCCACACAGACAGGAGGCAAUCAAACUAACAAUUCCUCUUUUACUGGUAUAAUUGUUGAACGUUCGAAACCAAGAUCAGUAUUCAAAGAAAAAGACGGGAAGAAGGAAAUGGAAAAUAGAUUCUUUGCAGAACUGAAACUACUAAAGGAGCACAUGCUUAAGAAGGAACAGGACUUUCAAGUAACUUUGUUCUCUAGUUGUCAAGUUGGGAAGAAAAAGUCGCGUUUGAUUUCGUCAGCGUUAUCAACUGGAACAGGGUUCGAAUUCACGGCUUCUUUUGACUGUUCCAAUAAUCUUUUAAAGAAUGCCGGGACUCGGGUCGGAGACGAUGGCGCUACUUAUUUGUUCAAAUCCUUGGAGUCGCAGAAAGUUCUUUCGACUCUAAACCUCUCCAGUAAUGACAUUGGUCCAGUUGGAGCCAAAGCUUUGGCUGAAUACUUGGGAAAGAAUUCCAGUGUUCCCGAGUCUAUUGAUAUUUCUCAUAAUCAUAUUGGUGACAAUGGUGCCAUUGAUAUUGCGAAUAGUUUAUUGUCAGAUUUUUGUAAGCUUCAAAGGCUGAAUAUAUGCAACAAUUCGAUUGGUGUUAAAGGAACAGAAGCCCUUAUUUUAUCGUUAUCAGAAAAAAGUUUAUCCGGUCCCAGCAAACAGUUUCAUUUGGAUUUGUCAUAUAAUUAUUAUUCGAGGGAAGUUCUGGACACAGUAGAAAGAUUGAAGAGAGAAAAUGGCAAGUGCGAAAUAAUUCUUUCCCAAGAUUAUCUUCAACAGGAUACUUUCUGUGAAGAUUCUCUUGAAUGCAAUAACCAUAUGCAAAGUAGCGAAGCAGAUGAAGAGUUUGAUUCCACUGGAGAGGGCUGGUGCAAUUGUGAAUCCGUUCAAGAUAUUUUUAAUGCUGCGAAUGUUAUUGAGGCCUGGCUUUGGAACACAGAGAAAAGCCUCUUUUGUCCAGAAAAGGUCAAUGAAGCUUACGAUAGUAUAAUAAGAUAUUUGGAUGAGGAGUUGAAUUUCAGUGAAAAUAGCAACUUUAAUGUAUUACCUGCUGAACAAUCACAAGAUGAGCUAAAUGACAUACAAUAUAGAAAGAGGAACUUCGAUAACAAGUCAGAAGUUUGUGAUUUACCUCCAGCUGUAAGAGCUACUGUCGAACUUUUGGAUAUCUUAAUGCAGCCAGUUUUUGAUGAUUUAUUUGAAGGUUGCUCACACAAAGCUCUCACUGAAGGAGAUGAGUGUUUCAGAAAGUGUAACGAGAAGGAUAACGAGCUUAUCACUCCUUACGCUAUGUGUUCGCAGUCACGUAUAGUUUUUCCCCGACUUCGCUAUUUUCGUUACAAGUGUAUCGAGAUAAUUUGGAAACUUGUUUGCUUUCGUUUUCAGUGUAUAGAUAAUUUGUUAUCCUACCAGGGUAUUAUGUCACGAUGUUUAGAGUUGAUAUCGGAAUAUCCUCAGAGUAAUUGUUUCCAGAAUUUAUUGUUGAAAAUAUUCGAGGAAGCGUUUGGAUCUGAAAGAAAUAGCGAUAUAUUACUCUGGUCCUUUCUACUUCCUUGGUCAUUUGCAUCCAAUACGGCAUAUAAUGUUCUCCAUGUUAUUCGAGACGUCUACACAUUGAACUCUUUAUUGAAUGAGAAGUUUCCGAAGAUAGGAAAUUUAAGUGCUUUAAGUACCGUUUCACGUUUUGCUAGGCUUCUGAAAGAAAAAGCCGAUCAAUUUGAAGAAAUACGUAUGAUGCUCGAGAAUAAUAAGGAAUGGCAUAAACUACAAGAAGAGAUAUUUCCCAAGCUUCUGGAUAUGGCUUCCUCAUAUGCUCUUGGUGAUGAAGUAUGUUGUUUGGGAGGAAAGAAACCAGUCAGAUCGAGUUUUAGUUCUGGUCCUCCAAUAGACUGGGCUGCUAUUUUUCGAGGAUUCCCUGGAAACUCGUUUUCCAGGUUAUCUUUGGGAAGGUAACACCAAGAGGGUUAAACGAUAAUUUUAAAAAUAAUUUGCAGAUAAAGAAUAUUUCAUCGUU